GAAACAGACGGAGAGGAGUUUUGGAGUUAUACCCGGACAGAGAGCUGCAGCACUUUGGAAGAAAAACUGGAUUACUUAUAUCUAACAAAGAACCUCCUCCAGCGCCAUCUGCUGUCCGCCGGUGGGCGGUUCCGCUACACAGCCACGGUCAAGAGGCGGGGCUUAUUGUGCGUUAUGUGGAGGAAGGCAUCCAUGGCGGCGCUGGAGCAGAGCGGAUCCGGUGAGUUUCUCUGAGGGAUACAGGAGAUGUUCCUGCUGUUCCCGGCUGCAAGGGUUCUCCUGUGGUUCUGCAGGGGUUCUGUGUUCUCCCCGGGUUAGUUUCAGCCAGCGCUGACGGCGCGUUAACCCUGGAUCCAAAUCAGUACCGCAGCUCCACCUCAGACGUGUUUACCUGCUCUGUCACAGCUGUUCAGCUCCACAAGGACUCCCUCAUCAUUAGUCUUUCGCAGGAGACACACCUGGGCCCGGGUUCACCCACCUCUCAGAGGAGGAGUGCUGAUCUGAUCCAGGUGCUGACCGUGUGGGAAGCUGUUGUCAUUUGACGGAGUGACUCCUGUUAGUGGACCUGCAGCUGUGGGGGGCCGUGACUGAGGGGAAACCCCUGAAUGAUUCAGGAUGGCUGCUCUGGAACAUGCUGGGGAUUCUUGAUUAGAUUAUAGAUUAUAGCUGUGAGACUCCUGCACGGCACAGAUGCCUCGAUGGAAGGCGGCUGUGCUCCAGCACGCCCGGUGGUCGAGCAGCGUGGCUCAGGGGGCGGUUCUGUGCGUUCUGACGUUCGGGCUGGUUCUGCCGCUGUGCUGCCAUCGCUGCCUCUACUCCUACUACUUCAUCAGAUCUGUGUAUCUGGACUGGAUGAGCGACGUGGCUCUGCAGGAGAGCUACGAGCGAGGACAGCAGGCGCUGCGCUACUGGCAGAACCUCGCCGCCGCCGAGUCCCCGGCCAGUCCACUCUCUAAGAGACCAGAGCUCUUGGUGACCGUGGUUACGGCCCAGAGGACAGAUGGGCGGGACUUCCAUUAUCUGCUCCAGGUGAUGCAUCGGCUUGAUGCCCUGCUGCGGACGUGCGGGGACGCUGAGCCGUGUGCCGAGGUGCUGGUGUGCGACGUUGAAAGCAGCCCCUCCGGAACCGAGGACGCCUCGCUGCUGGAGAAACGCUUCCGGGUGGUCCGGCGCUCUCUAGAGGAGAAAAAGGUCAGUGAGUACUUGAACGUGUUCGAAAAGGAAAAGAGGGAUUACGUCUACUGCCUGCGGAAAGGCUGGGAGUUGCUGAAUCCCAGGAACGUGGUGGUGCUGGAAGACGACGCUCUGCCCAGGAUGGACUUCUUCGCUGUAAUUCGGGACUUGCGGACCCGCCGAUUCGCGCAGAACUCGCUGUACGUGAAGCUGUACCACCCGGAGCGUCUGCAGCGCUACUGGAACCCAGAGCCGUACCGCAUCCUGGAGUGGGUGGGGCUUGGUUUGGUGGGGGCCACAGCAUUGUUGCUGUUUUGCGUGGCCCUGUGUGGCCCCCGGGCACCGUCCCUGUCCCCUGUGGUCCUGCUGUUCCUGGUGCUGUACGUGAUGGCCGUAGUGGAGCUCGGGGGGCGCCACUACUUUCUGGAGCUCCGCCGCAUCUCACCACAGCUUUAUGCUGUUUCCCCGGCAACGGAAUGCUGCACACCCGCCAUGCUGUAUCCCGGCAAUGCCUCCGCCCGCGUCGCCGCCCUGCUGGAGAGAGUCAAGUGCAUCAAAGGCCAUGCCAAAGACAUGGCUCUGUACCAGCUCGCCCGAAACACGCCGGGAGAGAGAGCGCACAGCGUGGAGCCGAACCUCAUCACACACAUCGGAGCGUUCUCCUCCGUCAGACCUAACCACGCCCACCCAAAACUGCUCUGACCGCAGAGUGACCACUGCCUGCACACACCUGAGUUUACUCACCAAAGGGCUUACAGUAGCAUUUUGAGUCAUUUUUAUGAUUUAGUGAUUUUAAAAACAGAGGAAUGUAAAAUCCAGGAGGAGCCUGACUAACAGAGCAGGAUGAGCUGACCUUUAAAUUUGGGUUUUAAUGGCUGAGCUUCUGAGUCAGGGCUGAGCUUCUGAGUCAGGGCUGAGCUUCUGAGUCAGGGCUGAGCUUCUGAAGAUUAAUACCAGUAGUUAUGAUGAUGUGUUUGAUUGGUUUGAUGUAGUACCUUCUACCUUCACUCUAAGGUGGCAGAGCGAAGCGUCUCGGCUGCAGCAGUUUAGUUCUGUUUUUCUACACUUUUCUAGUCCUUUCAGUCUUUUUUGUGCUUCAUCUCCGACUGUUUUUAUGCUCAGAUGAGUGAAAUAACGAAGGUGUUGGGCUGGUUGACCUCCUGGAACGUCGGACUCUGAGAGAAAACGUUCCUCCUGUCUCCAUGAGCAGUAAAGUGCCUCGUCCUGGGGGGCACGAGGGGGCCGCAGUGUGAUUAUAUCAGCUGGUUCGCUGCAGCUGUAGCUCUGUCCUUUACUGCCACCUGCUGGACACCAGGCAGAAGAUGUUUACAUGUGGACAGAGUGGAGGGAACAGCUCCACACAGUUUGAGGCACUUCCUGUUCACUUCUAGCAAAAGGAGCUUUAAUUUAGAAACCAAAGCACAGUAGCUUCAACUUUCCGCUUCUCAGAGGGAAAAUCCACUACAUUUCAAAAUUCACUCCUAACUAAAUGGUUAAGAUGUAAUCAGAGUGGUUUGGUGUGAAACGCUCCAUUCUAGAUAAUCUUACCGAGUCAGAA